GGUUUUUCAUCUCGAAAAAAAAAGUCUUCAUCAGGUCGAGCUAGCCCUCGGUCCUGCUUCUUUGUGUUUUCUUUUUUUUCCCUUCACAGAUACCCCUCUUCCUCAACCCCGCCUCGAAGGCCGUUGCUGAGAAAAAUCCGUCAAGAUGGUUAACUUCACGAUCGAGGAGAUCCGGGCCCUGAUGGACCGUCCGGCCAACAUCCGUAACAUGUCCGUCAUUGCCCACGUCGAUCACGGCAAGUCCACUCUCAGUGACUCGCUCGUCCAGCGUGCCGGUAUUAUCUCGGCUGCCAAGGCUGGUGAGGCUCGUUUCAUGGACACCCGUCCCGAUGAGCAGGACCGUUGCAUCACCAUCAAGUCCACCGCCAUCUCCCUCUACGCCAAGAUGCAGGAUGAGGAGGACCUGAAGGAGAUUCCCCAGAAGGUCGACGGUAACGAGUUCUUGAUCAACUUGAUCGACUCGCCCGGUCACGUUGAUUUCUCCUCCGAGGUCACUGCUGCCCUCCGUGUCACUGACGGUGCCCUCGUCGUCGUCGACUGUGUCUCCGGUGUCUGUGUCCAGACCGAGACCGUCCUGCGUCAGGCUUUGACCGAGCGUAUCAAGCCCGUCUGCAUCAUCAACAAGGUCGACCGUGCCCUGCUCGAGCUUCAGGUCUCCAAGGAGGAUCUCUACCAGUCCUUCUCGCGUACCGUUGAGUCCGUCAACGUCAUCAUCGCCACCUACCUCGACAAGGCUCUCGGUGAUGUCCAGGUCUACCCCGAGCGCGGUACCGUUGCCUUCGGUUCCGGUCUUCACGGCUGGGCCUUCACCAUCCGUCAGUUCGCCAUCAAGUACGCCAAGAAGUUCGGUGUCGACCGCAAGAAGAUGAUGGAGCGUCUCUGGGGCGAGAACUACUUCAACCCCAAGACCAAGAAGUGGACCAAGAACGGCGAGUUCGAGGGCAAGCAGCUCGAGCGUGCCUUCAACCAGUUCAUCCUGGACCCCAUCUUCAAGAUCUUCAGCGCCGUCAACCACAACAAGCGCGAUGAGAUCAACACCCUCGUUGAGAAGCUCGACAUCAAGCUUGCCAGCGACGAGAAGGACCUCGAGGGCAAGCCCCUCCUCAAGACCAUCAUGCGCAAGUUCCUGCCUGCCGCCGAUGCCCUCCUGGAGAUGAUCUGUAUCCACCUCCCCUCCCCCGUCACCGCCCAGAAGUACCGUGCCGAGACCCUGUACGAGGGUCCCGCCGACGAUGAUGUCUGCAUCGGUAUCCGUGACUGUGACGCCAAGGCCCCCCUGAUGCUCUACGUCUCCAAGAUGGUGCCCACCUCCGACAAGGGUCGUUUCUACGCCUUCGGUCGUGUCUACGCCGGUACCGUCCGCUCCGGCCUCAAGGUCCGCAUCCAGGGUCCCAACUACCUCCCCGGCAAGAAGGACGACCUCUUCAUCAAGGCCGUCCAGCGUACCAUCCUCAUGAUGGGCCGUUUCGUCGAGCCCAUCGAGGAUGUGCCCGCCGGUAACAUCGUCGGUCUCGUCGGUAUCGAUCAGUUCCUGCUCAAGUCCGGUACCCUCACCACCUCCGAGACCGCCCACAACCUCAAGGUCAUGAAGUUCUCCGUCUCCCCCGUCGUCCAGCGCUCCGUCGAGGUCAAGAACGCCGCCGAUCUGCCCAAGCUGGUCGAGGGUCUCAAGCGUCUGUCCAAGUCCGACCCUUGCGUCCUAACCAUGAUCAACGAGUCCGGUGAGCACGUCGUCGCCGGUGCCGGUGAGCUGCACCUCGAGAUUUGCCUCAAGGAUCUCGAGGAGGACCACGCCGGUGUGCCCCUCCGCAUCUCCGACCCCGUCGUCUCCUACCGUGAGACCGUCGGUGGCACGUCCAGCAUGACCGCCCUGUCCAAGUCCCCCAACAAGCACAACCGUCUCUACGUCAGCGCCCAGCCCCUCGACGAGGAGGUCUCCCUGGCCAUCGAGGCCGGCAAGAUCAGCCCCCGUGACGAUUUCAAGGCCCGUGCCCGUGUCCUCGCCGACGAGCACGGCUGGGAUGUCACCGACGCCCGUAAGAUCUGGUGCUUCGGCCCCGACACCUCCGGCGCCAACCUGCUGGUUGACCAGACCAAGGCCGUCCAGUACCUCAACGAAAUCAAGGACUCCUUCGUCUCCGGUUUCCAGUGGGCCACCCGCGAGGGUCCCAUCGCCGAGGAGCCCAUGCGCUCCAUCCGCUUCAACGUCCUCGACGUCACCCUCCACGCCGAUGCCAUCCACCGUGGUGGUGGUCAGAUCAUCCCCACCGCGCGUCGUGUGCUCUACGCCGCCACCAUGCUCGCCGACCCCGGUAUCCUCGAGCCCAUCUUCAACGUCGAGAUCCAGGUCCCCGAGUCCGCCAUGGGUGGCAUCUACGGUGUCCUCACCCGCCGCCGUGGUCACGUCUACACCGAGGAGCAGCGCCCGGGUACCCCCCUCUUCAACGUCAAGGCCUACCUGCCCGUCAACGAGUCCUUCGGUUUCCCUGCCGAUCUCCGCAGCGCCACUGGUGGCCAGGCCUUCCCUCAGUCCGUCUUUGACCACUGGUCCAUCCUCCCUGGUGGCUCGCCUCUUGACCCCACCACCAAGCCUGGUCAGACCGUCGUUGAGAUGCGUAAGCGCAAGGGUCUCAAGGAGCAGAUCCCUGGAUACGAAAACUACUACGACAAGCUGUAAAAAAGUUCAAUGCAAGCCGGAUAGACUUCCCCUCAACGAUAUCUGGAAUCCUUUUCUCAUGAGAUUGACAAAUGCGAUACAAUGGUCGGUCUAAAACGAUUUUUUUUUUCUCUUGAGUCGUCCGAUCUUGCAGAGGUCACCUUUGUCACCCGUCCAUCGCCCUUGCGACAUGGAAGAGCUACCUCGAGUCGCUUGACGGCAUAUCCGGAGUUCCAAAUACCUAGAGAGAGAAGUAGAAUCAAGGAGUGCGCGCAUUUGAAAUGGCUUUGCUUUCUGUUUUGCUUUUGAGAUUGUCACGUUAACGACC